UCUCCAAAAUGGCCGAGGGCCCAGCCCUCAGGCCGAAACCCGACUCCUCCCGGCCCCACCUCCUAACUUUAUUGGCGAGACGGGCUCGGCCGCGAUUGGUGAUUGGCUGCUUGCGAGAUGGCUGCGUGUGUGGCGGAAGCUCGGCCCAAGAUCGGAGGCUUGGCUGGGGAAUGUGGAGAACGGGGAUGGCUGCUGGGGAAGGCCUGGGACCGGCGCUCAGGACGGUUAAGGAGCGGGUGCAGCAGGCGGCGGCCCGUAGGCCCCAGGCCUUGCCUGCUAUACAGCCUCGCCUCGUAGCUGUCAGUAAAACGAAGCCUGCGGAAAUGGUGAUAGAGGCUUACAACUAUGGGCAGCGCAGCUUUGGAGAAAACUAUGUCCAAGAAUUGCUAGAGAAGGCAUCAGACUCCAAAAUUCUUUCUUCGUGUCCGGAGAUUAAAUGGCAUUUCAUAGGCCACCUGCAGAAACACAAUGUCAACAAACUCAUUGCGGUACCUAACCUCUUUAUGCUGGAAACGGUGGAUUCCCUAAAACUAGCAGACAGAGUGAAUGGGUCUUGGCAGAAGAAGGGCUAUUCAGAGAGGCUAAAGGUCAUGGUGCAAGUGAACACCAGCGGAGAAGACAGUAAGCAUGGGCUACCACCUGGAGAAACCGUGACAACAGUGGCGCAUAUCCUCCAGAAGUGUCCCAGCCUGGAAUUUGCGGGUCUGAUGACAAUUGGCAGCUUUGGUCACGACCUCAGUAAGGGGCCCAAUCCUGACUUCCAGAUGUUGCUAUCCUUGCGUCAGGAGCUGUGCGAAAAGCUCAGUAUCCCCACUGAAAAUAUUGAGCUGAGCAUGGGGAUGUCUACAGACUUCCAGCAUGCAAUUGAAGUUGGAUCCACAAACGUUAGGAUUGGAAGCACCAUCUUUGGAGAGCGCAUUUACCCCAACAAGCCUUCCAGCGACAAAGCCCCGAGAGAGAUCAAAGGCCAGCUGGAGAAUUUGACGGUGCAGGAGCACUAACUGAGAAGGCCUUCACGAUUUCUUCCACGGGGAAGGGAAUCCUUGCUGAUAGACCUUACUAUGCACUUGACUUUCCCUUUCUGCUGACGGCUGUGGGGCACCAUCAGGUAAUCAGUGGGCGUCGCAGGCACUUCGUCACCUGUAAUUUUAAUAUUGUUAUAUCCAUAGAAAGUGAAUUUUUUUAACCAGCAAAUGGAACACCUGUGAUUGAUGAGUUACUUUUGGUACCUUAGCUACAGUGACUGUAGAUAGCUCUACUGGAGAACCAGCUGACUUAAGCCCUACUAGGUCUGGGCAUGAAACAUUUCCAGCAGUGACCAUUAUACAUUUCUAAUCUGAAACGUGGGUUUCUUCUUUCCCCGAGGUGGAAAUCCCUCUGCAGGGAUGCCUCUGGGCGUGCUUCACCCUUUAUCCCCCAUCACCACCACCCCAGCGAAAUGCUUUAUGGGUAACUGCUGUGCUGUGUGUAAACAGAACCAUCCUUGCAGAGGUUUCUCUCGUAGACCCUUUAAUGACACUAAAGAGCACCUGCUCAAUGUGGGUGGUACACUGAAGAAAGAUUAAGAAUCCACUUGCAAGCUUUAGGUGAUGGUAGCUGUGAGCCAGAGGUCUGGAAAACGUUUAGGUUGAGCUCAUCCUCUAAAGACUGCCAUUGCCAGUUCUGAUGAUCGGCUACAUAUUGCUUUCUCUCUCUCUUUGAAAUGUCCCUUUUCCCUAUCCUCGGGUAAAUUGAUGGUUGGAGUAGUUCUGCUAGGUAAGCGUAAUGUUCUGCUAGCCAAAGCCAGGAACUCCUGACUCUGCCGCUGACUUGCUUUGUGAUCUUGGCCAAGUCGCUUAACCAUACUGUGCCUGUGUCCCCUAUAUGAGAAACGGGGCUAACCUACCUCACGUGGGAGACGGAGAGGCUGCUGCGCGUGGAAAGUUCUUUGAAACACCCCACCCUCCCCCAAACCCACCCACCCUGGAAGAACGGCAGUACUACAGACUAGAACAGUCUCAGACAGAAGGCCAAACAAAAUCUUAACAGCUGGCAGUGAUUUGCACACUUGUCUGCAUUUGUAUGAGGCGUGUGUGGCAGGGCAGCUUGAGCGGUGAGUCUGCAAGUGACACAUAUGCAAAAGAAUGGUGAACUCCAGGCAACCGGUGAACUCUCAGAUUUUAAUGCAAAAUAUCAUUAUCUCUGGCGCUGGGUCCCAAGCGGUAGAAAGUAGCAAUGGGUUGAAUCCCUACUGUACAUAUCAUUGAAACUCAUUAAAGCAGCCAUGACUCUUGCUUCACUAAGGCCUCAUCUUCAGUAUUCGUCCCUCCUCCUCUGCAGCAUCUCCAAACAGUGAAAAUGUUUACAGUGGAAUCUUGUUCUGUAACUCACCUGUUGACAAUCUACUUGAAGGGCCAGUCUGCUGCUGUCAAUGACUUUAGUCCCUGAUAGGAAUUGCCCUCCUUGCCCCUUCCUCCUCUUUCCCCUACAGCAAAAAGGGUGUGUCUUUGGGUUAAUCGAGUGGUGUGUCUUUGGCUUUAUUGUGGGCCGGAACCUUAACUCAGUGCUGGAGCACGCAUUUGGCACACACCAGGUAUGCUUUAACUUGGAUUCCUGCACUGAGUGUGGGGUUGGACUAGAUGGCCUUACAGGUCCCUUCCAGCUCUACUAUUCUAUGAUUCUAAGGUUCCAGUUACAACAGUGAGGCAACAGGUAAUGGGGAAGAUCUCUCUCUCUCUGUGCUUGAGAUCCUGGACAGCCACUGCCUUGAAGCACAGGGACAGAUGGAUAAGUGGCCUGGUCUAAGGCAGCACCCUCUGUUCCUAGCUGUGGGACUUGAUUUUUCACGCCCUGGACACUGAAUGUAACUUCAGAGAACAAACACCCAGCCUGCUAAUGUCUCACUCUGUAGGUGCAGUGCCAAAUGCAGUCCAAUCUCCCCCCCCCCCCAGCGCCCAAGCUCUGCAGUGCAGUGUUGUCAUGUAUGUUAAGAAUACAACCAGUUGUGGAUCAGAAUACUGUACCAUCUGUGCCAGUUACUAAGCUAUUAAAGAUGUUAUUUUUCUUCUUCUUC